AUGCCAACUCUUCUGGCACCCAUUUCAGCACACGCGUCACCCAUCUUGACGCCAUCAGACACGCUAACCACACGUCAGCGAAUGCUGAUGUGGCUCGAAUGGACGCGGACAACGAAUGGACGCAAGAGGAACGAGUACGGCAAGGAGAUGAAGAGAAGGGAGGAGGAGAAAGGAGGAAUGAGGAGAGAAGAGGAAAAUGAGCAGCAGGAGGAAGUGGAAGCAAGACGAUUCAUUGAGGAGCGUCACCACCCGCCCAUACUGGCGCCCACUACUUCACCAGUGCUUGCCAUAGAACGGCCCAGCACGUCACCACCCGCCCAUACUGGCGCCCACUACUUUGCCAGCGCCAACGCCUACACCACCGGCUUCUACCAGCAUCAGGUCACCCGCCCCAACCACGCCAUCAGCAUCCGCGCCAGCUCCACGCAGUCCCAGCCUUCACAGACACAAGGCAUUCAGCACCGGUACUCGCCAGCAAACGCCAAUGGUACGGACACGCGAGACUAUCUUCCCAAAUUUGUGGACACGCAUGCACCUGCUGUCCUAGCUGCUGUCAAUGCCGACAUGCAAGAUAUCAUCGACGCUCUCGAUUCGCUCGUCCAAGCCAUUUCCCGACAAGCUCACGUCAUGAUUGCUCAAACUAAUGCGCUUAUCCAGUAUUCAACAGUGCAGUUUGAGCAAAGAGCUCCGGAAUUUGAGGCAAUCGUGGAUGCUUUUAACGCCCGUAAUGAGCAUGCACAGCAUCGUGCAAAGGAGCUCAAGGAUAACGGGGCGAAAUGGCUUCAUGAAGCUGGGGAAGCUCUAAUGCACCGUGCUUCACGUGCGAGAGGGAGAUCACUCAGGACAUGGAGCAGAUCUGGGCUGAGUCGAGAGGGUUUCUAAGAUGCGUGGCGCACAGAGGCGCGGGCCGAGGAGGGGUUGUAAUA